AUGGUGGGCUAUGGGGUCCAAGCUUUGAGCCUCUUCCUGCUGAUGCAAGGCUCAGCAGAUGGGAAUGGAAUCCAGGGAUUCUUCUAUCCAUGGAGCUGUGAAGGAGACACAUGGAACCGGGAGAGUUGUGGGGGCCAGGCGGCCACCGAGAACCCCAAUCUAUGUCUACGGCUACGAUGCUGCUACCAAGACGGGGUCUGCUACCACCAGCGGCCAGACGAAAACAUGCGGAUCAAACACCUGUGGGCGCUGAGCUGGACGUGCGCAGGCCUUCUCUUUGUGAUCUUCAGCAUCUUCUUGUACUGGUGGAUCAAGAGCCGGGACAUGCGGCAAAUCCAGGGGUUUCUGCAGGGCAAAUGCCAGCCGUCGUCGGGAACAGUGUCUGUAUCAUCCAAGAAAAAAACGUCCAUGGGCAGCGUGUCCACCAGGGGUGGCGAAGGGGAAGAAGGAGGCGAGGACGAGUAG